AUGAUCACCGACAAGGUGUUCACCCUGGAUCCAGACGCGCCCGGGGCUCAUUCAAGCCUCGAGUGGGCGUCUGCAGAGCAGAUCAUGGUCGCUAUCCCUGCGACGCCGCUCGUCGCCGGCGCUGGCGCCAAAGUGACCACUGGAGUUGCCGACCGUCCUCCACUCUCGUCCACGACGCAAGCCGACGCCAGCAAGGACAAGGAUGGUCUCACAGUAGACCUCGCGUCCCCUUCCUCGGCGCCGGCCGGUACCUCUCAAGAGCAGACGCAGCCCACCAUCCCCCACGGAGCGACCAUUACCAGUGCCCAGAACGGCGGCCCAAAACAAACAGACACCAACGGCAACGGCAACGACGGCGAGCGUGCACUCCCACCGCAACCUGGUUCGCAACAGGAUACAAGCGGCGGCGAGGCGCGGGCACAACCUGUUCCAAACGGGGUCCACACCAGCAACACUGCAGCGUACCAACUGGCGGAACAAGCAGCGGCAACGAUACGAGAACCCAUGACUGCCCCACAUGACGUCGUACCUCCAAACACUCUCGGCAAGGAUGGCCGCGGAUCACAUGGCCACGGACAGGAUAUUCUGGAGAACGCUGGUGUUACUCUCGAGCUCGGAGACAUGACCAGCUCACCGCGUGAGGACACGAUAUCCGUGCCUGCUCAAGACAUGGACGACCGCCCCGAUUUGGAAACAAGAGCUUUGGUCAAUAACCGCAGCUUCCACGACCCGUACGGCCAGGAGCCGCUUGAGAACGAGGGUCUGGGAAGGUUCGUUGAUGAGCCCGGACACUACAUCGACCUCGACGACGAGGGAGACGAGGCUGGUUGGCGAAGUGCGCUCGCCUCUGGUACACAAACGCCAAGUCACCCGGCCGACCCCAAGGGUCACCACGCAUACUGGUCGACCUUUCGUAAUGGCAAGCAGCAGGCGCCGUCCAUUGCGUCUGAGCGCGAGGGUGAGCCAAGCAGUGGACCAGCAUUCUCGCAAGCACUCAAGCCGAGCUCUCUGGCGCACAUAUCACCCUUCCGCCGAGGCAGUACGCUCGAGGACCAUCACACGAGCAACGACGAAGCGGCUCCCCAACAGAAACAAAGGCAUGGCAUGGUCAAUGCGCUCGGCCUGUCGCGGUUCGUGCCCAAGCGGCACGGGACGGUGCCUGCUGCGACCAAAGAUGGCGCGAUGCCGACAAUGACCAACGAGAUGAUCGCCGGUGCUCUUCCAGUCAUGAUACUGAAGACGUGGCUGGACCGCGACGAAGAUGGUCACCGCGCCGUCCCGGUCCUCAUCGGUAACCUCCGCUUCCGCAUCGGCGACAGCAUGGGCAUCCGCGAUGGAUCGCGCCACACUGGUCGCGAGAUCUUCAAGAUUGAGUGCGAGUACGGCGACGGGGCGAUCAAGUGGAUCAUCUACCGCGAGCUUCGUGACUUUCUCAUGCUCCACGCACACUACAAGGCCGCCAACCUCGGUACGCGCGUCGCUGGACUGCGCUCGUCUCGCCGCGUCGAGAUCCCCGACUUUCCUCGCAACUCUCUUCCCGGUUGGGCACGUGAGAAAGUGGAUGGCGUCAAGGACAAGGACAAGGGCAAGGAGAAGAUGAGAAAGAUUGGCUUGCCGACCCCCACAGGCAGCGGCGACAGGGAGCCGCCGUCUCGCUCCGCAACGUUCGGACCAGCCAGCCGAGCAGCACUGCAGCAAUACCUAGUGGACCUCAUCCGCGCAGUUAUGUUCCGGCCCGAGUCAAACCGUCUGUGUAUCUUCUUCGAGCUCUCAGCCCUCACUGUCGGGCUGGCACCGCGUGGCGGCUUCCAGGGCAAGGCAGGCUUCCUUCGCAUCCUCAGCCCAAACGCAAGUAGGCGAAGCAACCAGCCAGGCCUGUUGCCGAGCUCAUGGCGCCUCCACCGCGCGCCCAAAUGGUUUAUUGUGCGCGAGUCGUACAGCGUCAUGACCGAGGGUCCAGAGGACACUGAGAUUUUCGACGUCUUCAUGUUUGACUCUGACUUUGAGAUUGAGCGACCCAAGCGUGUUCUCCGCCAAGGUCUUCACCUGAUUUCAGGCGCAUCUGGCAAACAGCAUCGGCCCGAGUCAGACACUGAGGACUUUAAGCAACUCGAGCUGCAAGACGACGAUGACAGGGACGUGUCCCAACACACGUUCUACAUCUCCAACUCGCAGAACCGUCUCAAACUGGUUGCAAAGAAUGCCCGUCUCAUGCACCAAUACAUCUUGUCAAUGGAACGUGUCGCGAUGCAGUGCAACUGGACGAAGAAGAACCGCUUCGACUCGUUUGCUCCCAUCCGCGUCAAUGCGGCAGCACAAUGGCUCGUCGAUGGGCGCGACUACUUUUGGAACCUGAGUCGAGCUAUCAGCAUGGCCAAGUCACGCAUCUACAUUCACGACUGGUGGAUUUCGUGCGAGAUCUAUCUUCGUCGGCCAGGCGACGAACGGUACCGCCUCGACAACCUUUUGAAACGCAAGGCUGAGGAAGGUGUGCGCAUCUUUAUCAUCAUCUACAACGAGGUGUCUACCAAGACGACUCCCGUCGAGAGUCUGUACGUCAAAAAGACGCUCACGUCACUCCACCCCAACAUUAUGAUCCAGCGCUCGCCUUCGCACCUCCCCAGCGGCCCCACUGGCGCCCUGUACUGGUCGCACCAUGAAAAGCUCUGCGUCAUUGACGAGAUGAUCGCGUUCAUGGGUGGCCUGGACUUGUGCUUUGGCCGCUGGGACUCGUCGCAGCAUAUUCUUGUGGACGAAGACUUCACAUCUCCCGACGGACCGGACGGCCCUGUGUGGCGUGGCAAGGACUAUUGGAACGAACGUGUGCUCGAGUUCCAAGGCCUCACCAAGCCGUUCGAAGACGCAUUUGACCGCGGCAAGACGCCGCGUAUGCCGUGGCACGACGUGGGCCUGCAUAUGGUCGGCCAGCCUGCGCGUGACCUGUGUCGCCACUUUUGCCAGCGUUGGAACCACCUGUUGCGUAUCAAGAACCACACACGCAAGAUGCCCUUUCUCCUUCCUCCCGCCGACCUCACUGAACGUGAGCUCGUCGACCUCAAGCUGGAAGGUACAUGCGAGGUGCAGAUUGUGCGCUCGUGCGGUCCGUGGUCCAUGGGCACGUCCACAAAGGUGGAGCACUCGAUCCAGAACGCAUACACAAAGUGCAUUGCGCUGUCGGAACACUUUGUCUACAUUGAAAACCAGUUCUUCAUCACGUCGACGUGGCUGGACGAGAGCACCCAUGUGGAGAACAAGAUUGGUGACGCGCUUGUCGCCCGUGCCAUUCGCGCACACCGCGACGGCGAGUCGUGGCGCGCGUGUAUUGUCAUUCCGCUCCUUCCCGGCGCUGCACACGCAAUUGACUCGUCCGAGGGGCGAGACGUGCGUCUCAUCCUCGAGUGCCAGAACCGAUCCAUCUGCCGUGGUGCCCACUCCAUCUUCUCCCGCCUACGCAAGGAAGGUAUUGACCCGGACGACUACAUUACCUUCUUCUCGCUGCGCGGCUGGGCCAAGUUUGGCUCUGGCGCGCUCACGACUGAGCAAGUGUACAUCCACGCCAAGACCAUGAUCAUCGACGACCGCGUGGUGAUUACCGGCUCAGCCAACAUCAACGAGCGCUCGAUGCGCGGUGACCGCGACUCGGAGCUCGCAGCCGUCAUCCGCGACACGGACAUGAUUGACGGCCACAUGGCCGGCAAGCCGUUCAAGGUCGGACGGUACGCACACACUCUACGCAUGCGUCUCAUGCGCGAACACGUCGGUAUCGACGUCGAUGCCAUUGAGGAGGACGAACUCAUGCACCGCAAGCCCGUGGCGGACGCAAGCGGCAUCGCCCUCUGGGACCCGGACAACGAGCAGCAGCACGCAGCCGACACUGGCAUCGAGCGCCGCGGCAUCACGCGCGUGAAGAAGAGUACGGCGCGCGCGCGUUUCGGCAGCACCAUCUCCAAUGCUGUGGGCGGACUUGCAAAGGGCCUGGGUGAGAAUGUCAAGCUCGAGGCCGAGAACGUGGCCGAAAAGAUCCAGCACCCCUUGCAGGCGCUGGACGGCCGCGCACUCAACGAACGCAACGAGUCGGCUCACGCCCGCGAAGACAUGGGGCCUGAUGGCAACCCCGUGGUUGGGUUUGCGAGCUCUGUUGUUCCCACGCUUGAAGAGCGCACCAUCGCCGAACAGGUCAGCAAGGGUAAGGGCAAGGAGCCCAACGAGAACGGUAACACUGGGCGUGCAAACGGUACUCUCGUCAACGGUCAUGACCACUCACUCAGUGACAUUGAUUCGAGCCAAGCCUCGGGCGACACCACACUCACCGAACCCACCGAACCCACUGUGAGCCCAAAGGCCCAGCGACAUGUCGGCGAGUUUGGGAACCGCCACCACCACGAGGCGGAGAAGUUUGGUGGGCCCGCGCUUUCCCCCGACUUCGACGACAUUGUACCCCGCAGUCCCGAGGCCCUGUUGCGCGAUGAGGAGGAGACUCCUGCCGCCCGCACCCUGCUUCGCAAGCACCUCGGCGCCAAGCCUGCCAACAGCCAGUGGGCGGUCAUUACGCCAACACCGCGCAUCGACGCCAACCAAUUUGCCGACCCGCUCGACAGACGGUUCUGGGACGACAUGUGGGUCGCCACGGCAGUGCACAACACACAGAUUUUCCGCAAAGUGUUCCGCUGCACGCCCGACGACCUCGUCACAACAUGGGCGCAGUACACCGAGUUUGCCAACCACCUGGACAAGUUUGGACGCGUACACGACACCAGCGACGACACAAAGGUCACGCACGACCCGGCCGGUUCGGGCGGCGGCGUCGUUGGUCCUCCUGGAUCCAACGCCAAGGCUCCCCAGACCGCCGAUGUGCUCGGUACGGGCUCGAUCUCGGGCGCGCUCUCGGCCCUCACGCGUUCCAAGUCGAGCACGAGCACGAGCACGACCGAGAUGCUCAAGACCCCCAGUGGCGGCGAGGCGAGCGUCACUGGCAAGAACGGCGGCGCGGGCAACGACCAGCCGUCGCAACAAGUGCCCCACGGCACGCCUGCCCAGGCCACAGCCCAGGACAAGGACAAGGACGGCAACAACGACGAACGCAAGCCCUCGGGCGAGAAUGACCCGUGGGCACAGUGGGAGCUCGACGAGAUGGAGGAGCUGCUCAACAAUGUCCGUGGCCACCUGGUCAUAUACCCGACGCGCUUCCUCGAGGCCGAGGACAUGGCCAACAACUUUUUGUUCAACCAGGAGCGUAUCCUCCCCAUCCAGAUUUACGACUAG